GGGCUGGGUCGCUGUGCCGCCGUCACCCGGGCGCGCGCGGGGUCGCGCGGACGCGGCUCCGGCCGCGGGUGCCGAGAGGUCGCCGGGCCCCCCGCACCGCCGCCCCCCGCCUGACGCACGGAGGGGCCGGGACGCGAUUUGCCACGAGUGACUGGAGUCGCCGCCGCCGCCGCCGCCCGGGCCCGCUCCGCCCCCAGCCCGCCUUCCUCCCGCCGCGCCCUCCGCCUCCGCCCGCACCUCGCUAGCGUUCCCCUGUCCUCCCCAACGCCCCGGAGCCGCCGGCCGCUAGCUCGAGCGCCAGCCAGAAUUAAGGAAGUUCACUGGAGCAAAAUGGAGGCCUCUGUAAUAUUACCCAUUCUGAAGAAAAAACUAGCCUUCCUUUCAGGAGGAAAGGACAGACGGAGUGGCCUCAUUUUGACAAUUCCAUUAUGCCUGGAGCAGACAAAUAUGGAUGAGCUGAGUGUCACCUUAGACUACCUACUCAGCAUUCCAAGUGAGAAGUGUAAGGCUAGAGGAUUUACCGUCAUUGUGGAUGGCAGAAAAUCACAGUGGAAUGUGGUGAAAACAGUAGUUGUAAUGCUACAGAAUGUUGUUCCAGCUGAGGUGUCCCUUGUUUGUGUGGUAAAGCCAGAUGAAUUCUGGGAUAAGAAAGUAACACAUUUUUGUUUUUGGAAAGAAAAGGAUAGACUUGGCUUUGAGGUUAUUUUAGUGUCUGCCAACAAAUUGACUCGUUAUAUAGAACCGUGCCAAUUAACAGAAGAUUUUGGUGGGAGUCUUACCUAUGAUCACAUGGACUGGUUAAAUAAGAGGCUGGUUUUUGAGAAGUUUACAAAGGAAUCUACAUCAUUGUUAGAUGAACUUGCUUUGAUUAACAAUGGAAGUGAUAAAGGAAAUCAGCAAGAGAAAGAAAGGUCUGUGGAUUUAAACUUUCUUCCAUCGGUUGAUCCCGAAACAGUUCUUCAGACAGGGCAUGAACUGUUAUCCGAAUUACAGCAACGUCGAUUUAAUGGCUCAGAUGGAGGGGUGUCAUGGUCUCCUAUGGAUGAUGAACUGCUUGCACAGCCACAGGUUAUGAAGUUAUUAGAUUCACUCCGAGAGCAAUAUACCCGCUACCAGGAAGUUUGUAGGCAACGUAGCAAGCGCACACAGUUAGAAGAGAUUCAGCAGAAAGUGAUGCAGGUUGUGAACUGGCUUGAAGGACCUGGAUCAGAACAACUAAGAGCACAGUGGGGCAUUGGAGACUCCAUUAGGGCUUCCCAGGCCCUACAGCAGAAGCACGAAGAGAUUGAGAGCCAGCACAGUGAAUGGUUUGCAGUGUAUGUGGAACUUAAUCAGCAAAUUGCAGCACUCUUGAAUGCUGGCGAUGAGGAAGAUCUUGUGGAACUGAAGUCACUGCAGCAACAACUUAGUGAUGUUUGUUAUCGGCAGGCCAGUCAGCUGGAAUUUAGGCAAAACCUUUUACAGGCAGCUCUCGAAUUUCAUGGUGUCGCCCAAGAUUUGUCUCAGCAGUUGGAUGGCUUAUUAGGGAUGUUGUGCGUAGAUGUAGCACCAGCUGAUGGAGCAUCGAUUCAGCAAACUUUAAAACUGCUUGAAGAGAAGCUGAAAAGUGUUGAUGUGGGAUUGCAAGGUUUGCGUGAAAAAGGUCAAGGCCUCCUGGAUCAGAUCUCCAAUCAGGCAUCCUGGGCCUAUGGAAAGGAUGUAACCAUUGAAAAUAAAGAAAAUGUGGACCACAUACAAGGAGUGAUGGAAGAUAUGCAGCUUAGAAAACAAAGAUGUGAAGACAUGGUAGAUGUGCGAAGGUUAAAGAUGCUUCAGAUGGUGCAGUUGUUUAAAUGUGAAGAAGAUGCUGCCCAGGCAGUAGAAUGGCUAAGUGAACUCCUGGAUGCUCUGCUUAAGACCCACAUCAGAUUGGGUGAUGAUGCUCAAGAAACGAAAGUUUUGCUGGAAAAGCAUAGAAAAUUUGUUGAUGUUGCACAGAGCACUUAUGACUACGGCAGGCAGUUGCUACAGGCUACAGUUGUGUUAUGCCAAUCUUUGCGCUGUACUUCGCGAUCAUCUGGGGAUACACUUCCUCGGUUGAACAGAGUAUGGAAACAAUUUACAAUAGCAUCUGAAGAGAGAGUACAUAGGUUGGAAAUGGCUAUUGCAUUUCACUCAAAUGCUGAAAAGAUUUUGCAGGACUGUCCAGAAGAGCCUGAAGCUAUUAAUGAUGAGGAGCAGUUUGAUGAAAUUGAAGCAGUUGGGAAAUCACUUUUGGAUAGAUUAACUGUUCCUGUAGUUUAUCCUGAUGGAACCGAACAAUAUUUUGGGAGUCCAAGUGACAUGGCUUCUACUGCAGAACACAUCAGAGACAGGAUGAAACUAGUUAGUCUCAAAAGGCAGCAGCUGAGACAUCCUGAAAUGGUGACCACAGAGAGCUAAUAGACACCAGCUACCUACAGAUUUGCAGUUCGUAAUCCUGCAUGUUGUCAACAUAAUAUAUAGCAUUAGCCACAACACAUAAAGAUGCAUUUCACAGCCAGAAUAAGCCUCAUUUCUUUUCAUGACAUUUCUCUCUACAUGUUAACACCUUGCUACUACUAAGGCAUAAUUAUUUAACAUGCCUCAAGGCUAUAAACUCCUAAGUAUCUUAAAAGAAGGAACUAAAAACAUUGCACUGAAAACCUGCUUUAAAGCUUUAUCUGACCUGUCAGUUUGUAGAUGAACAACUGAUAAUAAGCUUUGAAUGGUGCUAAUAAGAGUAGGAGUUAUCUCUAUUUAAAAAAAAAAAAAAAAAAAAAAAAAAAAAAGAUUGCCCUUCCUCCACAGGUGAUUUAGUAAAUUUAGACAGUAGUUACACUCUCUUAUUAGACAGUGGUGUCCUCAAAAUUUUACUUUGUAAUUCUUCAGAAUUGAUUAUUUUUAUUGUGUCAAUAUGGAGAAAACCUUUCAGAUCUUUGAUAUAUCAUAGUCAUUAAAAGACCUUUUCUUAUUUGUAUUGAUAAUGUAUUAAAAGUUGUUUGUGCUUAAUAAAAGACUUCUUUAAACAU